AUGCAUGUGGAAAUAUUGACACCAGGUAAAAUCAAAGGUAAAGGACCAGAUAUAGGUAAAGAAGAAGAAGAAGAAGAAGGAAAUGAAGAAGAUGAAGUAGAAGACAAAAAAGGAAAUGAAGAAGAUGAAGUAGAAGACAAAGAAGGGGAAGAAGAAAAUGAAGCAGAAAACAAUGAAAGAAAAAAAGAUGAAGAAGAAGACAAAGAAGAAAAAAAGAUGAAGAAGAAGACAAAGAAGAAGAAGAAAAAGAUGAAGAAGACAAAGAAAGAAAAGAGGAAGAUGAAGAAGAAGAAGAAGAAGACAAAGAAGGAAAAGAAGAAGAUGAAGAAGAAGAAGAAGAAGGAUGAUAAUAAGGAAAAUGUUGCAAUAGUUCCGAAACAAACUAAAUCACAACAGACCCUACUGGCCUACUGGGAAAGCCACGUAAAAAAACGAGCUAAGUACACUACCUCGUAG